UCUGCAAAAAAAUUAGAGUCACCUCUCAACUUCCAUCUCAAAACAGAUCCGCCCUGGAUUACUAUGCUUCUUUUUCCCUGCAUAAUCAAUCGGACAGCUCAUUAUGCAAGGCAAAAUUCGAGGAAAUCGUAAUGUGGGAAGACGAAGAACAUCCUGGCUUAAGAACCUGAAGUGAAUGAAGGUCUCCUACACAGUAAUACAUACACAGUAAUUUAAGAUAAUUUUAUCUUUAUUGUCUUACUCAAUCUUUUAAGAUACUAUUAUUAUUGAAUCUUUAUUUCUUCAAUUUUUUUGCUUUCAAGAGAAUGACUACAACCACUACGCCUCAGAAGCCAAAACCUACCCAGCCCUCAUCCCCGAGAGACUUCUUCCGUAAACUCUACGGCGAUCUCGAACCAAAGACAUCGCAGGAGGAAGAGACCAAAUAUUCCGUGGCUCUCAAGAAAACCGACAGUGAUAUUGUAGCUCCCAUACCAAUUCUGGCUACGUCCACUUUGCCGUUUAUCCUUCCACAUGACAGUGAUUCUCAACUCGCUGUAGCUGCAGCAGGAUUAUCAGCAUUCUUGGCAAGACGACGUCGAAAGGAAGGUAGGCCAAGACGACAAAGGACCACGUUCAGCAGUGAACAGACUUUGCGUUUGGAGAUAGAGUUUCAGAGGUCGGAGUAUAUUAGCAGGGGGAGAAGAUGUGAAUUAGCUGAAUCGCUGAGACUGUCCGAAACUCAAAUCAAAAUUUGGUUCCAGAACAGAAGAGCCAAGGAUAAAAGGAUAGAGAAGGCCCACAUUGAUCAUCAUUACAGAAAAUUGUUGGGAGUAUUUCCAGGAAGCUUAUGCCCCAUAUGUGUUGACGGCCCAUGUUACCAUGUAUCUCCAUUGCUACAAACACAGUAUCCAAUUUCACAGAGCAACACAAGUAGCAGUCCUCAAUACGAUAACGAAAUUAGUAAUAGUCAACCAGAUACUAGUAACUUGUAAUAACUGUAAAACUUAAGAUAUUAUGUAAAUUGUGUAUAUUUGUAAAUAUAUAGUUUUAACAUUUCCUAAA